GUAUGGAUUCAGUUUCCAGAGCCUGGCUUGUUAUAACUGCACUGAUAGCCUUUUAGCCUCUUACGCAGUCGUUCGUUUGUAAGAUGCUAUGGAAAAGAUAGGAAGGCGUACAAACAGCUCUCUUCUGCAUUUUAAUAUCGCUAUAAUUGCUCUCAAUGUAACAGCUCUGGCUAGAUAGGCGAUGACUGGAUCUAAAUCGCAAAGCACAGUGAGACUGUUUCAGACAAAGAAGUCCAACAUUGCACUUCCCGGCUCACUUCUUCAUCUGCCAAAAGCGCAAGCAGUGGCUAUCGUCUCUUAGCAGAAACAGUCCAUAUUAGUAAACAGUCGUUGUGCGAAAAAAGUUGCAAUUAAUUCGAACCAUGGCGGAGCUUAUCGAAGGCCCCCGUUUGAACUUGACCAGAGAAGAAUUUUGCAAUGCUUAUAAACAGUGUUUCGGCACACUUUCUCGUGAGAAAGAUUGUGCAAUCUGGCUCGAAAAAAUUGGAGCAUUCUUGAUCGAUUUUAAUGCCGUCCCAUCACAGUGGAACACAUACUUUGAAACCAGCGGGCUAAAGAAUGCCAUGAAAAAGGGUUCGACUUUGGGUGAUGUCCCUUAUCCAGUGGGUGCUCAGGACGCGCACCGGCGCAUUAACCUUUCUCAUAAUUGCGGAUGGACCAUUAUUGAAGAAGGUGACACGGCAGCGACAAGGAAAAACGUGUCUUCCCUGGCAGCCCAAAAUCUACACGUCUCAGCUGAAGAUCUCGAAUGGAUGAAUAAAAUUGCCGAUGAUUCCGCAGAAAUUUGGAAUUAUGUCGAAUCGAUUUCCGGCAAAAGCGUCAUCUACCCUCAAGCUCUAGCCUACUCGUUAACGCCCACAGUUUUUGAAGACAGCUGCAUCCUGGAGGACGUACCAAAUAUCAACUACUGCCAUACCGCAUUUGAGGCUGUUUUCAGUAAUUUCAUGGGAGAAGGGGAGGGAUUAUCAUUGCCUUGGUUAUUGAUUGCUCCAACCAACAGUACUGCUGCAGAACACGUUGAGGACGAACUGUUCUGCAGCAUUUCUGUUAAUUUCGGACCGGGUUGGAAAAUAUGGAUCGUUGUACCAGGUUUUCAGACCCGUAACAUGGUGCUCCUUUAUGCCUACUUGGAUUCGCUGAAUAUUGCCUCCAAAGAUGGCUCCACCGCUUGUGGACACGAGUAUCGCUUCAAGAAUUUUUCCUGCACUCGAGCUCUGUUCGCCAAGUUCAAAAUCCAACCACAUUUUUUCAUCCAACACCCAAAUACAGUAGUGUACCUGGGUCCGGGAAUUCUACAUAGCGUGUACAAUCUGGGAGGCUCUGCAUCACAGGCGCGCAACUUUGUUGACGAACACUGGUUAGCUGUUACAAACGCUUCUUUGGCACUAAGAAACCGGUGCCGAAAGAUGAAAAGGGACGAAACUACGGCAGCCUUGCAUCAGUGGAGCCAGCUCCUGCGAGACCGUCUUUUAGCAACAACCGUAGCUGAUAUAAGAUACAUAAACUCCAUACGUUUUCCUCCAAAAGUUGGGAAAAAAUGCACGUCAUGGAAACUACCAACUACAAAGUUUUUAAAAAUGCAUCCCGGGGUUUUUCUUCAAGAAACGCUAUGCCGAAUACGUGAUUUGCCGUCAGUCAACUUCUCAGUGGAACUAAUAUAUGAUGAUGUGUUCCGUGGUUUCUUGUCCCACGUUUCUGUCAAACCUGAAAACCAAACAAGACAGAAAAAAAGAAAGACCGUCUCCAUAGGCCGCCCAGACCAAACUAGCGAUUUGCUUCACCUUCACGUCUGCACUACUCAUUCUUGCAACAAAGUUUUCCAGUCAAGAGCGGCUUUGCUACUACAUCAACGCGGCAUACACAAAAUGCGAUACGUGUGCAGCGAUUGUUUCGAAAAGCCUGUGUUUACCACUCCACAAUCCCUGAAAUAUCAUCAAAACGCCUUCCAUCGCAUAGGAUCCUCCAACAAAGCAGCACAACACAAACGCCGCGGUCGGAAAACUGCGCAGAACCUUCUGAUCGCUACUUCUGCAAACAACAACGGUUGAUUGUAUAGCCGAAUGUACUUUAUGGUAACCGACGCUUUUAGGCCACAUUUAUGAUUACUUCCGCUGCUUGAUAUUGGUUUACGCAGACACCAUAAAGGUGAUGCGGCAUAACAAAUAGUUGUUAUCAAUUCUGCGUGCAAUCAUGGUGAUUUCUAAUGAAUUUUUUGCCGGACACAGACAUGGCUGUGUUGACAGAAUUUAACAUUGGUUCAUCACCUUUACGUUACAUUAAAGUUGAUUUAAUUUGCUUACGUUGAUUAAAGUUUCCAAACACGGUGUUUCUGUUGAUUUUCGUUGAUUUACAUGGUAUUUACGUUAAAUC